UAAGUUGUUUUUCUGUUGGUGAGGUUAUUUCAUUUUCCUCUUUCAUAGUAAAUCAAUUGGUGUUAAAUUGUUUCUCUCUCUUGUUGACGUUUUCUUAAUUUGUGAUUUUAAUCGUAAUCAUGUCUCCAUAUUUGAAUAAUCUCGUUCAAAUGAAACAUUUAAUUAAACCUCAAUGUUACCAUUUGAUUAAUCAAAGUGUUAAAUUUUCCUCUGCCCGAUCAACAACAAAGCUUUUCAUCAAUGGUCAAUUUGUUGAGUCCAAAUCGGAUAAAUGGAUUGAUAUUCAUAAUCCAGCUACAAAUGAAGUUAUAUCAAAAGUACCUUUGUCAACUCAACAAGAAAUGGACGACACUGUUUCUGCUGCCAAAGAGGCCUACAAGAGUUGGUCUCAAACCUCAUUAAUCAGUCGACAACAAUAUUUGUUUAAAUAUCAGAAUCUUGUUAAGAGUAACAUGAAACGAUUGGCUGCCAUCAUAACCGAGGAACAGGGUAAAACAAAGGCCGAUGCGGAGGGCGAUGUGUUCAGAGGAUUACAGGUAAUCGAAGUGGCCUGUGCUGCUCCAAGUCUUUUACUUGGACAAAGUUUUGAGUCGGUGGCCAAAGAUAUGGACACAAUUAGCUAUCGAAUACCUUUAGGUGUUUGUGCUGGAAUAACACCUUUCAAUUUCCCAGCUAUGAUUCCCCUUUGGAUGUUUCCAAUGGCCAUUGUUUCCGGAAACACUUUUGUGAUCAAACCCUCUGAACGUAUUCCUGGUGCUUGUAUGAUGCUCAUGGAGCUUUUGAAUGAAGCUGGUGUCCCACCGGGUGUUGUUAAUGUUUUCCAUGGACAACAUGAUGCAGUUAAUUUUAUCUGCGACCAUCCAGCAAUCAAAGCGAUCUCAUUUGUUGGAGCUGAUACAGCGGGUAAACACAUUUACGCUCGAGGUGCUGCCAAUGGAAAACGAGUUCAAUCCAACAUGGGUGCCAAAAAUCAUGGUGUUAUCAUGCCAGAUGCCAAUAAGGAAGAUACUCUUAAUCAAAUUGCUGGUGCCGCUUUUGGUGCCGCUGGCCAAAGAUGCAUGGCCUUGUCAACCGCAAUAUUUGUCGGUGAAUCAGCCAAAUGGAUCCCUGAACUUAUCCCUAGAGCCAAUAAACUAAAAGUUAACGCGGGUCACAUUGAGGGUGCCGACAUUGGGCCAGUUAUUUCACCUCAAGCCAAGGAAAAGAUUUGUAAUCUGGUUGAUAGCGGAGUUAAAGAAGGUGCCAAAUUAAUUCUCGAUGGUCGUGGUAUUAAAGUUCCUGGUUUUGAGAAGGGUAAUUUCAUCGGUCCAACCAUUUUAACCGAUGUAACAACUUCCAUGAAAUGUUAUAAGGAGGAAAUUUUCGGACCAGUUUUAGUUAUUCUGACUGUUGACACUCUCGAUGAAGCAAUUAACUUGAUCAAUUCCAAUCCCUACGGUAAUGGUACCGCUAUUUUCACUCGUAACGGAGCAACUGCUCGUAAAUUCACCAACGAAAUUGACGUUGGUCAAAUUGGUGUUAAUGUUCCCAUUCCAGUUCCAUUGUCAGUAUUUUCAUUCACUGGAACUCGAGGCUCUUUCCAUGGAGAAAAUCAUUUCAUGGGACAAAUGGGCAUCAAUUUCUACACUGAAACCAAAACAAUUACUCAAUUGUGGAGGAAAUCAGAUGCUACCGGUUUCGAAUCAACCACUGCAAUGCCAGUGAUGAAAUAAUUAACCAACAAUUAAAAAUGAUAUUUUUUAUUUACAUCAGUUGAUUAAAGGAUUCCCAACAACUUA